GUUAAAGUGGUCCCAGGGCAAUACUGGAACACGCUCACGCCUACACAGCCGCGCAUCUACCUACACUUUAGACACACACACGUGACUCACACACACGCGCGUGGCAGAUCUGUGCCUGGAGACCGUGAUUUCAGCGUGCUCGCUAUUCAAGUCAUGGACUGCAGCGAGCGGGGGAACCAUUAGGAGCCGGUGGCAGAAACCCGCUUUAUUUGCAACACACGGAUGAUGCUGCUGCUGCCACACCACCCGGAUCGGACACACUCUCCCUGACAAGCGGAAUUAUUACUAAUAGCCGCGCUUAUGUAAUCAAUACACCGGAUUGCUUUGGGGGGGAAAUAGCAUCUCGUGGAUUCCUCUCAUUCUAUUUGAUAGAAAAUACUGUAUACCAUAUGCUCUGCGAUUUUUAGAGCAGCCUAUGGCAACCCAUUUGUCCUGAUGCGACGCGUGUGAUGGUUGCAGUGGGACGGAUAUCCUUAAUUUUAACCAAUAAGCGUUCUCAGGGUUUUUUUGUAGGACGCUUCUGUACCCCUUUCUGUGCUGACCUUAUCAACAAUGCUGUAAAUAGGUAAUUGUUAAUUGUAAUGUCUGUCUACUGAUCUUGCUUCAAAGAAAAUGAUCCGCGCAAAAAAGACAGUCAGAUUGCCAAAUCCAAAAGAAUUAGCCCUCUUUGGUUUGUUUUUUUCUUUCUCUUUUUCUUUCUCUUUGUGAAUUUUUUUAGUCGAAUGUGAUUUGGCGAUUUUUUGUGAAAGAGGAAACCACCGGUGGGAGUCAAUUUUGGACUGUGACUGGUUUUUUUUGGGGGGGGGUGGGGGGGUAAAGGGCCUAUACAGACUUGAUCCCCCCAUCAAAAACUCUGCAGGAUUUCCUCCUCCUCAGUCCAGAGGAAUAUCUUCAAGUCCAGGAGGCUAUACGGCUGGUCCUCUUGAGGGUUUUCGUCGGCGCUCACUCACUACAUCUGAGGGAAUGGUGGUCGCACCGCAGAUCCACGCAACUCUUUCUGAAUGUUUGGCAUUUUUCGCAGGCGAGCAUCUUGACUUGUGAUCGAGAGAGAGACGCGGACUGCAGCAGCACCUCCAAUCCCUUUCACAUGGAGAUUUGUGCCUCGGUCGCACUGCAAAUCUUGAAAACGGGGACCGGGGCCCUGCUGAUUUUUCCUGCACUGCUCUCAACCUCGGUUUCCUUUAUUCGAGAAAAUGCAGAACACAAACAGCAGAUGAACUAUGAAUGCUGAACACAAUGAUCUCCUCCCUCCAGCGCCAGACAAUGAGAGGUCGUAGGCUGAAGGGGGCGCUGUCCAACCCCCUCUUUGUGCUGCUUUUGGCCCUUCAGAUCCUGGUGGUGGCUGGGCUGGUUCGUGCUCAGACUUGUCCUUCUGUCUGCUCAUGCAGUAACCAGUUCAGCAAAGUCAUAUGCACCCGUCGCAGUCUACGGGAUGUCCCAGAUGGCAUUUCCACCAACACUCGCUACCUGAACCUCCAGGACAACCUCAUCCAGGUCAUCAAGGUGGACAGUUUUAAACAUCUGCGCCAUCUGGAGAUCCUGCAGCUGAGCAAGAAUCACAUUCGCAGCAUUGAAAUUGGCGCCUUCAAUGGGCUGGCCAGUCUCAACACCUUGGAGCUCUUUGAUAAUCGGCUCACGACAAUCCCCAAUGGAGCAUUUGAGUACUUGUCCAAGCUGAAGGAGUUGUGGCUACGGAACAACCCCAUCGAAAGUAUACCAUCUUAUGCCUUCAAUCGGGUCCCCUCGCUUCGAAGGCUAGAUCUAGGUGAGCUCAAACGUCUCUCCUACAUUUCUGACGGAGCCUUCAAGGAUUUGAGCAACCUGCGCUACCUGAACCUGGGAAUGUGCAACCUCAAGGAGAUUCCCAACAUCUUACCUUUGGUCAGGCUUGAAGAGCUAGAAAUGUCAGGAAACCAGCUCUCUGUUAUCAAGCCCAGCUCAUUUACAGGAUUAGUGAACCUUCAGAAGCUGUGGAUGAUGCAUGCUCAGAUCCAAACUAUUGAGAGGAAUUCCUUUGAUGACCUUCAGUCACUGGUGGAGCUCAACCUGGCUCACAACAACCUUACCUUUCUACCACAUGACCUCUUCACACCAUUGCAUCGCCUGGAGCGGGUCCACCUCCAUCACAACCCUUGGAACUGCAAUUGUGAUAUCUUGUGGCUCAGCUGGUGGCUAAAGGAAACAGUACCUGCCAAUACUAGCUGCUGUGCCCGCUGCCAUACUCCUGCAGUUUUCAAAGGCCGCUACAUUGGAGAACUUGACCACAGCUACUUCCAGUGUGAUGUUCCUGUCAUUGUGGAGCCACCUAGUGACUUGAAUGUGACAGAAGGCAUGGGUGCAGAGCUUAAAUGCCGUACAAGCUCGUUGACAUCCAUCAGCUGGCUUACACCAAAUGGCUCAUUGGUGACACAUGGGGCUUACAAGGUACGUUUGUCUGUACUCAAUGACGGGACACUGAAUUUUACUAGUGUCACAAUGCAGGACACUGGGACUUACACCUGUAUGGUUAGCAACACAGCGGGCAACAUUUCUGCCUCUGCUGUGCUUAAUGUCACUUCUGUGGAAAACAGCGGGGUGACCUAUUUUACCACAGUCACCGUGGAGACCAUUGAGACUCCGGGGGAAGAUAGCCAAACGCCACUUCCCCCAUUUGGCUGGGUGUCAUCUUCAACAACAAAAGGUACCCCUGUUUCAACGCGGACCACAGAGCGGACUUACACCAUUCCAGUUAUUGAUCAGGAUGUGGAAGGAGGCCUCAAUGGCCUAGAUGAAGUGAUGAAAACAACCAAGAUUAUUAUCGGCUGCUUCGUGGCCAUCACACUUAUGGCUGCUGUCUUGCUGGUUAUUUUCUACAAGAUGAGGAAGCAGCAUAACCAGCAGGAUCCCGAUGGCCCAGCCUCCUCUAUGGAGGUCAUUACUGUUGAAGAAGAGCUUGCAGGUGUUGCUGCCAUGGAGAGACACCUAUCGUUGCCCCCUCUGGAGCACUACAACCACUACAACACCUACAAGAGCACUUACCACCACCCUCCUAUGCUCAGUACCAUACACAGCUCAGCCACACAGGAACCUUUAUUGAUUCAAGCCUGCUCAAAAGACAAUGUACAAGAGACCCAAAUCUAAUCUUGAAUUUGACUGAAUAUCCAGUAUCAGCUGUUUCAUACUUGGAGUACAAUGGACCAAAACAUAAGGAUAAAAGAAAUCUAAAUGACAUUGACUUGACAGAGUUGAUGUCGAUAACGGCGAUAAAUCAGCAUUUGGCAAAGGGACAACAUAUGAUACUUUAACAAGUGUCUUUACAAAAACAAAGAUUAUUUAUUAAAAGUAUGUCUAGUGGCUAAAUGAAGAAAAACAAUUUGUGAUAGCUUUUUAGCUCAUUUUAUUUCUCUCUCUCUCUCUCUUUCUCUCUCUGUGUAAUACUGCACAAGGGAAAGAAUGGUUUACUAAAAGUGAAUAUGGAAUGUAUCAAAUGCAUCUCAUGUGAAACCCACUGUAAAUUGGCCUUACAGUAAAAUUAAUGCUGUGCCAAUAAUUUAAUACUUAGAUUCUAAUAAUAAUACAUUUUGUAAAUGGACAUGGCUUUAGUAUUUAGAAACAUUUAAUUCCUAGUUGUUGAGUAAACCUUGUCCAAUUUGGCAGAGGUUUAUGAGACAAAACAUAAAAUGGGUUUAUUUUCAUUGCCAUCAUAUUCUAGCUGUCACUCAACACAAAAUGAGAUCUUUUAAUGGCACAGCUCUGGAUGAUAUCACAGUGAAGCCAGCAUGCCUGAGGAGCAAAGCAGCCAAAUGAGUAAAUGUGCAUUUCCCCUGUGGCUCCUAAACAACCGACAUACAUCCUUCACUUUAAUUAAGAUUAAGUUCUUGCUCCCACUCUUCCCCUCCUACUUUUUCUUUACACUUCCACAUUUACUACUUCUUUCCUUCUGCUCCUCUCUUUUUGUAUCUCAUUCUGCUUUCUCACCAAUCUCUUUUCCUCCAUGUCCCUUUGCUUUUUUGAUUGUCUCUCUGUCACUUAGCUCAGGCACGUUCCUCACCCCUCGCCAUGUCUCAUUUGUCUUGCUUUAUCCGCCGGCAUGUGCCGUACGACGACAGAAUAUUGCUUAGGAAAAUGAAGGGGAGCAUAAGGCUGCGGUCCGUAGCCUCCCUGUUAACCCAGUAAUGAUCUACGUCCACUCAGUGUCGCGUUACCUUGCCAUCACCCCAGGGUCACACGAGCUUGGGCGCUGAUAGUCCAUCUGUUAGUACAGAUAAAGAGGCAAAUGAGGCUGUUUUGUAAUGUAGUGUGACCCUGUCAGACUAACACAGACGGGGCUAACAUAGUCAGUGAAGCAGCUAGGAACCUGCAACAAAAUAGGGGGAGAUGGGUUAUAGCUCAUUAAUCUGUAUCAGCAGUUCAUUUGCAGACUAACAGAGGAAAGCUGAUAACAAAACAGCAUGAGACUUUUCCACUCUCCCUGUGCCCAACAUCUAACAGGGGGUAGAGGCCUUUGAUAUUGAAGCGACCCCUGCUCAGUCUCAUUUUUGUCAGAGAAAAACACACACACUUUGAUGUUGCAUCAUUUAUAGACCAUCAAAACAUUGUCUCUCCUGUAGUCUGUUUACGCUUUGCUUUUUCAUUUAGUCUUUCAAAGAGUAAGGCUUAAGGAAGUGGGAGAUAGGGAUAAAAAGUGAAGAACAGAGGGUGUGUGUGUGGGGGGGGCAGACGCACAACGGUCAUGAGGGGUCUUCAAACAGAGAUAUUGCAGAUAUGAAGGGAGAGGAGUGAAAAAUAGAUAAGGAAUAAGGAGGCAAAACUAGCCAUCAGACUGUUGCCAAGGAAACAGUGACCUUGUGCAGAAAGUAAGAAGAGGUAGAUAUGCCUUUCGCUUUGGUCUCUGUGCAACAAGCAUAUUUUAAGCAUAUUUAUUUUAAGCACAUUUCCCACUGGCAAUUUGACCAAUGUGACUAAUUAUUGUCCAAACUGGCAUAAUGAAAUGUAUAUUUACUGAUGGGUAUGAUGGGAUUUGACCUGCAUAUGACGUCAAUCUUUGCAGAAUUAUUUAAAUGAAGUAAAGCACUGCAUGAUGUGAAAAAUCUAACUGUCCAGCAGUUCUACUGGCCUUAUUGACUUUCAUCUCUGUGAAGACAGCUACCAUAGCUUAUGUUAUGAGCAUAAUAAAGCACCUUCACUCGCAAAACCCAUAUGUUUCUGAUCAUUCAUUCCCCCUAAAUUUAUCCUCUCAUUUUCGAUAAUGAAGGUGUAAUGGUGGGCAAAGAUGUGGAAGCAAAAUUUACAUUUAAUGACUGAUCACGUUUGUUGAGGUAGAGACAGAUGAAACUAUAAAUGGAGCAGGAACAAUUGGAACAGAAACUCAUUCAUCAUCAGCCUUUCAUUCAGUGCUACGAAUGACAAGAAUAGUACCAUCAAUGAGUGAACCAUUCUUUCCCUUUCCACUGUUUUCUUUUUCAACGCUCAAUUCCUUUUCAAUGCUUUUGGUGGCUUAAUGAUUCAAUGUUGACGCUGGCUACAGUGAAAAAAAAAGGUUGAGAUUUUUAAAAAUAUAUAUAUAUAUAUAUAUUUGGGGAUGAGGCUUGUGAGUUAUUCAGAAUGAAUGGAAUAUCUCUGUAAUGGUAUUUACCUGAGCAGGAUGGCUUUAUGAGGAGAGAUAUUUGAACGCCAGAAUGAAAUUAAGACUGACGUGCAGAAUGUUGGACUUGAGAUACCAGCAGAGUGAGCUUGAUUUUUGUGCAAAACCCUAAGCCAAGGUGAUCAAAAUUCUUGUGUGUUAUUCUGCCAACUGUCUAUGUAUGGGAAGGGUUACUGUAUGUGGGCAUAUUCUCUCCCAUUUUUGGAGAGAAUAAUCAUCAAAUGGUUAAAUUUCUACAAAAAAAAAAUAUUUUCAAAAACGUAAUGCAAAAAAAAAAAAUCUUCAGAUCAUAAUUUUACAUGUGCUUCAAUUGUUAAAAAAAAGACAAAAAAGCUGAACAAAAACAAGAAAAAAAAAACAAAACAAGAGACUGUGCUUGUAAGGAGUCCAACUAAUUUCUCUGAGGAUGAUGUUCAAUUAUUGAUACCUGAGAUUGUAGUUCAUACUGUACAUGAAUACAAAUAAAAAUUGCAAUUUUUUUCCAAUA